CAGAAAGCCAGCCUUCUAUUGGCAGUUUCUGGGAGACAGACACUUUCCAUCCUCCGCAGCAGUUUGCUUUUUCCCCAGGAGAUGUUUAUGAUUGAAAGGGCUCAGUUUGGGUAUUUAUCCGUUUCUCCCGUCCCCCUGGUGUUUGCUGGCAUUGCAAAUGGGCAAGGCUAACAUGAGCUGGUUGUCUCAGGAUCAUGGAAAACGUGGAGUUGAGGCUCAAGAACGCCCCGUAUUUUCGCUGUGAGAAGGGAAACGAUUCUGUCCCCGUGUGCCAGAAGUGUGAGACGUGUGUCUUGGCGUGGAAGAUCUUCUCUACCAAAGAGUGGUUCCGGAGGAUCAAUGAGAUAUCGCAGACGAGGUUUCUAGUUAGCAUUCUGGAGCAGCUAAAUAACUUAUAUUUGUUACAUUAUUUCCAAAAUAUCCUUCAGGCCACACAGGGGAAGGAUUUCAUCUAUAGCAGGUCCCGGAUCAACCUCAGCAAGAAGGAGGGGAAAACCGUGAGGUACCCCUUGAACCAGAUGUUGGAUAAAACCAUAGAACAGAAGAUGAAGGAGAUGCUGUACUGGUUUGGGAACAGCACGCACCAGACUAAGGCCAAUUACACUCUCUUGCUUCUGCAGAUGUGCGACCCCAAACUGCUGCUCACGGCUGCCAAUGUGAUCAGAGUCCUGUUUCUGAGAGGGCAGAACAAUAUCUCAGGGCUUGAUCAAGAUACCACCAAUGUGUAUUUUUUACCCGAAAGAAAGUACAGCCCCACCUCUGAGACCUCACAUGUCUAUUGGGCAGCUAAAACUCAGCAGACAUCCUUUCCUUUGUCCAGAUCCUCAAGAAGUGAAAAUGUGCAGGGGAGAGCAUCUAAUCCUGAGGGACAAUGGAAGAGUUCGCUGCAGUGUAUUUCGGAGAUGAAUAGGCUGUUUACUGGGAAAGUGAGCAUUGCCAGGUCUGGGAACAGCCCCUGCAGUCUGUUGGUUGACCUGGAAGAGGUCAAGGACGUGUCUUCUGUGUUCAGCAAAUACCGAGACUUCAUUCGUCACCUGCCCAUCCACCUCUCCAAGUACAUUUUAAGAUUUCUAGACAGAAACACCUUGAACAGGUGUGCUUUCGUGAGCCAGCACUGGGCCACCGUGGCUCAUCAGGUCAGGAUGGACAUGUCGUCGCACAUCUUCGUUCAGAACCAGAUUUCUGUCUUGCAGGGGUCCUACACGAGGGGAAUAAAUCCUAAUUACGCCAACAGGCUGCCUGUCCCAGUCCCUAAAGUGACAGAUGAGGGGAAGCGUGCGCGUGCAAAAAGCCAGAAAUGGAAGCCGAGAACGAAGAAUGACUACAGCCUGUGGACCGCAUACCAGAACCAGGAAACCCAGCAGGUCAUGAUGGAGGAGAGAAACGUUUUCUGCGGGACCUACAACGUCCGCGUCAUCUCCGACAUGUGGGACAGAAACAGAGUCAUCCACUAUGCUGGGGGAGAUUUGGUGGCCGUGUCAUCUAAUCGGAAGAUCCACCUUCUGGACAUCAUGCAAUUCACGAAGUUACCCAUGGAGUUCCGGGGCCACGCCGGGAGUGUCCGGGCCCUCUUCUUGCGUGAGGAGGAAAAGUUUCUCCUAAGCGGAAGUUAUGAUCUAAGUAUCAGAUACUGGGAUCUGAAAAGUGGGAGUUGUGUACGAAUCUUCAAUGGCCACCAGGGGACGAUCACUUGCAUAGAUUUGUAUAAGAACAGGCUAGCAUCGGGAGCAAAAGAUUGCCAGGUGAAAGAAUGGGAUUUAGACACAGGGAAGUGCCUGAAGACAUUUAAACACAAAGACCCCAUCCUGGCCACCAGGAUCAAUGACACCUACAUUGUGAGCAGCUGUGAGCGAGGGAUAGUCAAAGUGUGGCACGUUGCCAUGGCCCAGCUUGUCAAGACUCUCAGUGGCCACGAGGGAGCGGUGAAAUGCCUGUUUUUUGACGAGUGGCAUAUCCUGUCGGGCAGCACUGACGGGCUGGUCAUGGCCUGGAGCAUGGUGGGCAAGUACGAGCGCUGCCUGAUGGCCUUCAAGCACCCAAGGGAGGUGCUUCACGUGUCCCUUCUCUUCCUCCGGGUCAUCAGCGCCUGUGCAGACGGCAAGAUCCGCAUUUACAAUUUCCUCAAUGGGAACUGUCUGAAGGUGAUAAAAGCCAAUGCCAGAGGUGAUCCUGUGCUGUCCUUCUUUAUUAAGGGCAACAGGAUGGUGGUCAACACAGAGAGCAACAUCCUCCUGUUCCAGUUUGAGCCCAUAAAAUGGCAGUACGCCAACGAAAGAAGUAAACAAAAGAAGCCUAAGGAGAAAGACGAAGAAAAGGAAGAAAAUGGCCUUCUGGAAAUUCUCUCCAAGUCUAGCACUCCGAUUUACAGCCUGAGAGACUCUGUGUCCAGCAAACAAACUGUGACCGUGGACUUCCCAUCAAGUAAACCUCACAAGCCCCGUGCCGUCCAGAAGUCAGCCAAGUUGUCUGCAGCAAUGUUAACAGAACAAGGUCAAAUUCAAGAAAGGCUAAAAUCGCCCCAAAGAGAUAGCAAGAAGACAGCUUAUUCUGCUCAUAAAGAAGCACAUGGCUUGGAUGGUAGGCAAGAGACUUUGGAAGUAAAAUCUGAGGCAGGAGAUGAUGUGAUGAAAGUACAAAAACGAGGACAACUGGAAACUCCUGGAGACCUGAUCCAUCACCCAAAGAAAAAGUCCUGGAAAAUGCCUAUGUCACCUGACCGGUUCCUCCUGACUGUCAGUGCCCUGCAGCAAGCUCAUAAUUCCGGGGAAUUUGCCUAUCCCCAUAGGCCCCAAACCCAAGUCAUUGAUGCCUGGGGACCUUCAAUCUCGCACAAAAGGAAGGUCCUGAAUUUCAAAGGAAAAUCAGUCCAACAUGCAGUUGAUCGGUUGAGAUUCAGCACUCCUCCCAUUGAUGUGAAAAAAACCAAUGUUCCUCUUGAAACUCAGAAACUGCAGCCCAAUUUGAAGAAGUCUUUGCACAGUCCCAGAGUCCAGUCCACCAUCCCCCAGCCCAUGAUUAUCCGCCCCAAGUUCUCAGGCAGCUUAAAGGAAGACCAAAUGAUCAGCUCAACUGAAGGGGCAGUGCGCCGUACGGGCCCCCUGACCAGUUUGCAGGUCAUCAGACAGCACCACAUGCUAGCUCCACAGGUGAGCACAGCCACCUUGUCUCUCAAGAAAGAACGGGGUCGCUUCUGCACAGCCCUUGAUCCCCUUAGAAUGAACACCGGGUUCAUGAUGUUGACCAUGAAGGAGGAGAAAGAGUACGGGGAAGCCAGGUUGAAGGAGUACCAGGCAAGGGAGUCCAUUGCAGUGGUUGAUCCAGGAAAAGCCAGCAAAGCUGCGUGGAUCAGGAAGAUCAAAGGCCUGCCUAUUGAUAAUUUCAUGAAGCUGGGGAAAACUGCAGCCCCUGAACUUGGACAAAAUGUAUUUAUCUAAACUAGCCUUGGGAAAUUACCAUGUCUUACGAUAAACAGAAAGCCAAGUCAGGUGGA